CCGUUCCCCAUGCUAUGGGCGGCCAACGUUGGGUGCAGCGACUCCGCGACCCUAGUAGUUCAGCUGGUGCAGCAGUUGGCUGUAGUGUUUGAGUGUGUGUGUGGUGGUAUAUGACAGUAUGACGACGCUUAUUCCAAAGGUGUCUACGUUGACAUCUCGCAUCAUCCGAGUUUUAGGAUGUAACCCAGGCCCGAUGACUCUGCAGGGAACUAAUACGUAUAUUAUUGGGACUGGAAAGGAGCGAAUAUUGCUCGAUACUGGAGAGCCCGAUGUCCCAGAGUAUAUCGAGACCCUCAAAGACGUUCUGCGAGAACGGGGCAUAUCGCUGCAGCAGAUUAUCGUAAGCCACUGGCAUUUGGAUCACGUGGGUGGUGUCGAUGAAAUACGGCGACAAGUUCAGCCUGAGUGCACCGUGAAGAAGUAUGCUUUUCGUGAUGACAAGGCCGAACAUGCAUUUCAGUACGUAAAUGACGGAGACUGGAUCCACACUGAAGGAGCGUCGCUCAAGGUAAUCGCCACUCCAGGCCACACGCAGGACCAUAUAGUGCUGUAUCUGGACGAAGAAAACGCUGUGUUCAGUGGAGACUGCAUAUUAGGCGAAGGGUCGGCGGUGUUCGAAGACUUCCAUUCAUACAUGGGCUCGCUGAACGCCAUUCUAGCGAUUAAGCCAUCGGUCAUUUAUCCGGGACACGGACCUGUGAUUUCAGACCCGGCGACCAAGAUAAAGGAAUACAUCGAGCACCGGCUUCAAAGGGAAAGACAGAUUCUCGACUGUCUGCCAAAAGCAGACACCGGCUACAAAUCAACCGCGGACAUCGUCAAAGAAAUUUACAGAGAGACGCCUGCCCAUCUUCAUGCAGCUGCUGCACGGAACGUGGACCACCACCUGAACAAGUUAAUUAAAGACGGGAAAGUUGUGAAAAGUGCCACCGACAGCGCUUACCGACGGGCGUGACUAAAAAUGUAAUGGAAGGGAGCACUACGUGCAAAUAUAUUGUGUGUUACGAGCGAUGUUUGGUUACAUUAUAUAAAAAUAUUUUUGUAAUUCUGUAUGAAAAUAAAGUAGGACGGAGCUGUGAUAAUCGUGUAUUCCAUGCC